AUGGAUGAAAAUGAAGAUGGUGAAAUCAAAGAAGCCAUGGAUCAAACAGACGCCGCCCGUGACACAGAUGCUUCCUGGGAUGAAGAAGACUGCUGUUCGAGACGUUACCUGUUCUGCCAUCGUCCCGAAAUGCGCCACGUCUACACACGGAUGCAGACAUUUGGGUGGUGGCCCAUACAGUUACGCCAGAAACUGAGGGAGCUCGCCAAGGCCGGUACUUGUGGGUGCUACCACUCAAGUGGGAACGACGUGGUAGAGACUUUGACAGAAUUCUGGAAAUUAGAGUCCAGAAAACCCAAACUGUUUCAGUCCGAUUCAGGGUCAGAAUACAAGAACCAUAAGGUCAAAGCAUUGUUGAAGUCGCAUGGCAUAACACAGCUGUUUGCUCUCAAUGAAACCAAAGCAAGUUAUGCCGAACGGGUCAUUGAAACCAUCAAAAUGCGUCUCUAUCGCUACAUGUUAAAAAACUUUACUUACAAGUACAUGGAUGUUCUAGAGAAAGUCGUCUAUAGUUAUAACCACACCAAGCAUCGAAUGUUAGGUCAAACACCAGCCAGUGUCAAUCAAACGAAUGAAGAAGAGGUCCGCCUGUCUCAGUACCUGAUCAAACCUAAAAAGGUAAUCCACAAAAAGACAAAGUUUACCUUUAGCGUGGGUGACAAAGUAAGAGUCAGUCAUCUUCGCGGUACAUUUGACCGGGAAUACCAAGAAAAAUGGUCUGGUGAAAUAUUUACCAUUGAAAGGAGAUACUGGUCUCAAAGCCAUGACUUGUACAAAUUAAAGGACUGGGGUGGCGAUCCCAUUGAAGGGACAUUCUAUGCAGCUGAACUUCAAAAGGUGACUGAGAAUCCUGAUCAACUGUACCGUAUCCAAGAUAUCAUAAAAAAGAGAACUCGUAACAAACAGAAAGAAGUGUUGGUGCAAUGGUUUCACUGGCCUAAGAAGUACAAUUCGUGGAUUCCAGAAGCAGACGUUGUUCGAUAUCAGACAGUAUAA